ACAGUUCAAGGGAUUGAAAAUAUCUUAGGAAAAAACCUGAUACGUUGUAAAUGUCAAAAUCCGAUACUUUCUGAAUUAACUGAAUGUGUUUUCCAGUUGCGGAAGUGGCAAAAGUGCGUUUAGCCGCAAAGUGUACUUUAAAGCAAUACUCAUACUCAUUUUCAUUAGCUAUAUAGGCUAGUAGUAGUAACUAAAUCCGGCUCAUGAUGAUUACGUACUCUUGUGAUUUGUGAAUUUACGUAGGCCUUUAAAAAUUAUUGCCGGAACUUCGAAAGAUAAUUUGGGCUAGCCUAAUAUUUUGGUAGGCAUUGUGUUUCAAAAAAAAAAAAAAAAAUCCUCCUACCUAGCUAGUGCAGUGUGUACAAGUAGGAUAUCCAGCAGCUAUUCAAGAAGUGGACGAUGCUAUUCAAGAAGUGGACGUAUUAUAGAAAUACGGAAGGUCUAACCUUCGACGUCGCCCUCACUAAAAGUUAAUCCCAAGUUUUGUGUAUUUAUUUACCUAAUAUCUGGAUAUACCUAGCCCAUUUACUUUUUAGGAACAGGAAUCUGGGUAUAGCCUAUGUAGCCAAUAUGGUAAGAGAAGCAAGUGAUUCAUUCCUGUCUUCAAUCCGCCACGAAAGCCGGGGUUCUAGAGCGAAGAAAGGAAUCGACGGCAAGAAGGUAGUUCCAGGUGCCAUCGAAGACGCACUCUCCUCUCUCCCUUCGUCAGAAACGAGAGCAAACGAUUUCAACCUUCGUGGUCUUAGUAGCGAAAAAUCCGUCCAUACCAAGACACACAACCAGGAUUCCCUCAGUAAACAACACGAAGAACAGCGAGAAAACCAACAUGUCUUCUUCUCCCGCCCGUGGCUCUCCUCCGUCAUCGCUGCUGGGGCAAGGCCCUUACAACGGCUCAUCAAGAUAGUGUUACCCUCGGCUCUUCCCCCGAAGUACACAGUUAGCAGGCACUCGCCGGGCAACGGGAUACUCUUUGCACAAAGCAACUGGCGGUCCUUCCCAGCAAGCUUCACCGUCAGCGUCGUCGCCUUGUUGGUCUUAGGACUCAGUAAUCCUGCAGGAUCCGUCAGUCCUCACUCCUCACCUGCUGUCUCGAUGGCAGACGCAUCCCAGGCGCCCUUGGGAGACGUCGAACAGGGGUUACAGUGGCUGGUGGGAAAUGCUUUGAAGGACCUCGUGAGGCAGAAGGCUGAAGGAUGUCAUCUGUUCCUUAUCUCCGCCAGUGUGGCUUCCUCUUCUUCCUCAUCCUCCUCCUCCUCUCUCCUUCGUCCACUCAUCAGAUUUUGGCAAAGAGAACAACGGAAAGCGACGGUGGAGAUCAGUUUAAGUAGCGAAACGAACGGCCUGGCUGGCGAAAAAACCGACUUCCUACACUUGAUGGUUGCUGAAACUGCCUGCUGGGCGGUGGUUCUGGAUCUCUCCACUUUGGGCAAUCUCGUACUGAGGUUCGUGGAGAAAUCCCAGCUCUUCUACUUCCCAAAAAUUCCUGUGGUGGCUGUGGGCGCCGGGGGUGACGUCGAAGAGUUUCUAUUGACAGAAGUUGCCCUAAGGAACUCCAUCCACACAUACUACUUGGCCUACAGCGACAGCCUUGCCGCCACUUUCCGAGAGAGCUCACUGCCGCAGGGUCGUCCUAGGGGCCACCAGUUGAAGGGGUCUUUGUUUAUCGAGUCAUGGAAGAAGCCUCUGGAAGUAGGUUUAAACGAACACCUCAAGAUCUUCGCACGUUGCCUCUACUGCAAUAAAGGGUACCAAGGACUUCGGUUUCUCCAUAAGUGGCCGUUACACCAGAAACUUGACCACAAAAUCUUUAAUCCAGAUAACCUUCAAAACCUCAACGGUCACGUGAUUAGGGUCGUCUGUCUGUUGAGAAUCCCUUACAUAACCUACAACCUCAUCGAAGGCAGUCCCGACAAACGCGUCCAGUACGUGGACUCGUACGAGUUUCGUAUAACUGAAACGGCAGCCCGGCUUUACAACUUCACUUUCGAAGUCCGCGAGCCUUGGGACGGCGAGUGGGGGGUUCCCGACGAGCACGGGAAUUUCUCCGGGAUCGUGGGGACCCUGCAGUACGAAAAGGCCGACUUCUCCUUCCUGCUGACUCCUCUGCCCGCGAGGUUGCUGGGGAUGGACAUAGGAGGAGUCUUCAUAGAGGACCCUUUCAUGAUCCUUACACACGAACCGGGUCCACUCCCGAGGUCUUUGGCUAUAGUGGCGCCCUUCGGAGACACCGUUUGGAUGGGGAUUGUCAUCUCCGGUUUCGUUUACGGCAUCGGCGUGUGGCUCGUGGACCGAGGAUGGGCGUCCUACCUCAAGGAGAAGGCAAUGGGGCUCUCAUAUACACUGUUCUACAUCCUGCGAAUGCUAAUGGAGGACCCCCCUGAGUUCGUUCCCCGUCAGGUAUCCGUACAGUUCUUGUUAGGGUGGUGGGGUCUGGUAUGCUUCGUCCUCAUCAAUGCCUACAAGUCAGCCCUGAUAAGCUACCUCACCGUCAUCAAGACGUACGAUGCCAUCAAUUCCAUGGAAGACCUCUGGAAGAGAAAAGACAUGACCUGGGGGAGUAUUUACAUGUCCGAGUCUGGAGCUUCGUAUAUCUAUUUGGUGACCAACCCCAAUCCUGUCAUCAGGAAUGUCGCUGCUAAGAUCCAGACCCUAGAUGCUGACGCCCACUUGGAAAGAGUCCUAGCGGGACACUACGCUUACAUCACUCGAAAUUCUUGGGCCCUGACUGACCUCCUGAGAAUAGAGAUCGAGAAUCUGCCCAUCCACACGAGUAUCUCCAAAUACCCUGUUUCGUGUGGGUAUACUUGGGGUUUCAGGAAGGGGUCUCCUCUAAGGGCACCUAUAGACAAACUACAGCGCCGCCUGGUGGAGGCAGGUCUGACGAAAAUUUGGCUCCGGGAAAUUGUGACAAAGAUUGCUGUUGAGGUGAGGAAGACCACCAAGAAAUUGCAGAGCACUGCCGCUUCUGCAGUACGGGGUCAGAAUCGUGCCCUCACCAUGGAGCAUUUGCAAGGGGCAUUCCUACUCCUGGGCAUUGGGUUUGGCGUUGCCCUACUGGUUUGGUCUUUGAAAUGAUACGGUAUCGAUGCAGCUAGAAAACCGCUCCAUGCUCCAGGUAUUAAGACAGGUAUCUCUUCAUCUUUUGAAGUGAAAUAUCUUCCGACUUCUCUCAUCAUUUGAAUCCAAGUGACGUAUCCUCUUGGCUCUCCUAAGGAUCCUUUACUUCCUAUGAAGCUUCGUCCUUAAACUUAGUUCACUCUCAAGAAACAUAAAAAAAAAAUUGUUUGUUUGCUAGCUACUCUUUGCACUACAUUGAAGGUACAAUGCAAUUAAUAUAAGAAAUUUUGUCGCACCAUUCCACUAGCAAAGCAAACGACAUUGAUUAAAACCUGGUUAAAUCAAUUCACCGAUGCACUCUAUUUUAACCACAGAUUGAAUACCUAAUUGGCAUUUAGUGGCCUUACAAAGAGCCUUUUAAAUUGGCUGUAGGUUUAAGGAAUCGUAAUUUACAUGUCCAUAUGUAAAGAGAAUGUAAGCUAGUCAGCAAGAUUCUUUACUGCAACUAUAUACUCAUACAAAGUGAGAAGAAUAUUGCAACCAUAUAUUAUAAUAGAAUAUGAGAAGUAUAUGUGUACACUGUAAUGAUUAAAUUCGUGUUCAAGUGUAAAAAAUAAUCAUUCCUGUAAU